AUGCGCGCUUCUAGCCUAGAACGAAUCUGCAACCGUAUACCUAUACUGAUCUUAAACUUAUGAAUGGAGAGUCAUAACCUUGAUAUCAUAUCAUCUGGUGAAGAAGCUUCUCGCUCGCCUCAUGAGAUGACGCUCAUCAGACUUUCUCGUGGCUUUUCUUUUGUGCUAAUGUUUCCUUUUAGAUUUACUCGCCCUUGAUCCAAAUCCUGUCGCUUUCUCUCUCUACGUCUCUUUCUUUAUUGUUCGAGUGACAUGAUCUUGCUUCACUUAUGUACACCCUGUCUCUCGUAUCCGUACUAUCUCUCCGUCCACACACCUCCAUCCACAGCGGCGAGCACUAGUAUUCCGAUCUCGCGACAGAGAAUCCUUCGCGGCGUGCUCAAGCAAGCACUUGCCGUCCAGACCGAGCUACAGAGAAAGUAUCUACAUAAACAGAGUGGGGCUUUGUGGCGAAUUGCGGUGUCUGAAAAAAAGGACAUCCUGUAUCCGUUUGCGUGGAACAAUUUUGCGGAGUUCGAUGUUUCUCAUUUUAUGGUACUCCGCAUUAAGUUUAAGAUUGCUACUCUACUACUAUAGGUAUAGUUCAUCUAUUAUGCCAUAGAGCAACCCUUCGCGAUUCUAGCUUUAUCCUAGUAUGUGCUAUAAUAUUUUUUAUUAUAUAUUGUGGCUGUGGAACUCAAGUCUACAUCUAGUAUUCACGUUCUUUUCCUCUCUCUUUCUUCUUUCUUGUUCAUCUUAAUUCUCUGUAAGUUCUAGUUCUUACCACUUCGUAUUCGUAUCCACCAUUGUUUUUAUCUCAAACCUUUUUGCUUCUCUUCUAUUUUUAAAACGCAUAAGAACUACACAAACACAAGAGUAUUGCAAUCGAGAUGCUAUCGCACUCAAGGACUUCCUUCUCUCACAGGAUCUGAACACCCUCCUCAUCUGCCAGGAUAUGCGCGAAUUUGGUGGACGUGCACGUGCCAAGUUGGACAUGGCGACUUCAUCUACUUUUUCUAUUUCUUGUAUGACGAAGGGCAAGGGAAAAGGGAAGGGUCAUAACGCUGGUGGAGGUUUACUUGGGUCUCAAGCGUACGCCACUCCGAGAUACCACGAGGAAGAGAAGUUGAUGGGAUCGGUGAUGCAAGACAACAACGAAAACGCACUACUGGGCCUGGGACAGAUCGCGAGCUCGAUUUCCUCCAACGUGAACACGAAGACGCUCUUCCCAUCGGAUCAGGGAAAUCAGAACAACAAUACUACUUCCACUUCCGCAGCUGGUGCUGCUGCAGCUUCUUCAACUGUUGGCUCUUCUCUUGCUGCAGCCACAGCGAAAGCGUCCUCAUCGAGUACAGACAAGAACAACAACAAGAACCAACUGAAUGCUCAAGGCACCAGCGAAACUACAUCUAUCACUACGACAUCUACCAACAACAAGAACAAGAAGGGCAAGGCUGUAAACAAGAAGAGCAACAAAGAAGCAGAAGAAAAAGAAGAAGAUCAAGAUAACGAUGACGUCGCCGACGAAGAAACUGCAAGAGAACGUGCUGAAUUUCAGAGGCUCAUGGAGUUGGAAGAUUUUCAGAAUCAGAAGCCGAGCAAAACCCGCAAGACCGGUGGUGGCGUCAGCGUUGCGAGUGUUGCAGCUUCGAUCAACUCCAACCCGAAAGCCGCACCCAAGAACAGCGUCUCCGCCGAGGUCAACUCCACUACCACAACCAGCGCCAAUUUGGGGAUGGAAAAUACGAAGGUCGAAAGCGUUCCCGCUGCUGCUGGCUCGAGUACUUGUACUAAGACCGGCUUUGGCUCUUCGAAUAUGCAUUCUACAUCUGGUGGUGGUAUCUUAACGACAGGAGCCCGCGCGGAUUCGGAUUUCGAUUAUGGUAUUAAGAAAGAGAAACAGCUUGUUUUCUUCUUUUUCGAAAGUGAUUCGGUAGUAGAAGUAGUAGUAGCAUCAGUUCGGGAUCGUAGUCAUUUGUUCUAUGAUGAAAAAGAAAGCAAGUCCGUAUGAGUAGUCCUACACGCAAAUGCAUUUUAUUGAAAGUCUUUUUCUAUGCCAUUCUUCACCAAAAACCUCACUCAUCAGGUUUCGCGGAAAUGAGGCCUGAGCCAUAUCAUGAGCAUUUUCUUAACAUGUUCGAUGGAUUUGCGGUUGUCCGCGACGAUUGCUGGAUCAUCAGAGUCCCCACAUGGUACUGUUCUGCCGGCAUCGACUUGUUCACUGAUAAGGGCGUAAUGGAGGGCUUGCUGUGUGACUCCGUAGCACCGGGCGGGAACAAUUUGAAGAACAUUACUUGGGAGAAUUGGGAGUAUCCUCAGCUCAACAAGGAAGAUGGAGCUUCGAUACUCCAAAAGGUUAACCACGCUGCUGCAUUUGUGCAAGUCGUAGCACGAAUGGAACUAUGCAGCCAAUUUGUGCAAAAGUACAAAGAGUUGAACGCUUUCGAUCAGCGCAUGUACAUGGAGGGCGAGUUUAUGGCUGACUUCAAAGCUUUGCUGAAUCAAGUACGAUCGGGCGACGACCUGGUAUAUUUUCAUUUCUUUCAGAACAGUUCCAAUUUCAUUGAGUGAUGCUUUUCGUGAUGUGGUCCUGUCGUAGUAGAAGAAACGCACUCUAUUACAGCUGACGCUCUUUCUCCUGGCGACUCCUCAACAACUAGCAUUGUGCACACGAUGCAGUAAGUUUCAAUUCUUUCCUUCUGCUCUCAUGAUUAUUAUAACUAACAAAACGAAAAAGGUUGCGCCGACAACGUCGUUGAAACGCUUCCAAGACAUGUUUCGCGUGUGGAAGACGUCGGGAACGCCUGUACUUGAAAAGUUUCAAGAUGUUCCACGACCGCUUGACACCGUCUUUUUCGUUUUGAGCUUUGUGGACCUAGGCCUGGGGGCGAAAGAGAUGGCCAAUGCUGUAGGUGUGGCUUUCUACAAGCAGGCCUUCGAAUUGUUGAAGGAAACGAAAGUCGACUGGAUGCUUCUUCCGAUGAAAUAUUACCAGCUGCUUACGUGCUACGCCAUCAAGUCUACCACGAAUGACGACAACACGAACGCUACAGAGUUUGUGCUCAUUAUUAUCUUUAGGCUUUCGCAAUAUCAAUGGAGCAGGAAGAGGAAUAGCAGCAGAAGCACAAGGCUGUCGACUUUUGGUUUCUUGCUUAAGCUUAUGCUUUUGAUAUAUAUUGACAUAUAGAAAGUAGUAGUAGAUAGCUCGACCUCUACUCAAAUCGUCAGUCCAACCACGAUAGGAAUCACUUUGCAAACUCGUCGUGUGCUUACUUUUUAGUAGCACUUUUCUCCUGCAACUCCAGGUGAACAAUGUGCCUGCGCACUUGCUGGCGGAUUUGAAUAUCUUGGCGAGUAA